AUGGCUCAUCUCACGAUGGUUUCCUUGACGCGAACACUUUUGAUCUUGAUAUUUUUUGGAGGUAUCGUGCAGAAGGUUAGAGUGGACAUACCGCUCCUUUCACCACAGCCAAACUAUUCAUGCCCAGUCCAGGAUCGUCACUUCGCUAAGUGCGCUCAUCUCAAUCUUACAUCAGUUCCCCAAGACCUUCCGCAUGACCUGCUCGUCUUAUCCAUCUAUCAUAACCAUUUAACAGAACUUGGAAACAGGUCUUUCAUGAAUUACAACCAACUUGAAAAACUGUUAGCUGAUCAUAACACCAUUGCUUUCAUUGAUAGUGGAACAUUCGAACCUCUACCAAGAUUGAAGGUCUUGGAACUAGAGCAUAACCUGAUUACAUUUCUACCCAUCUAUUAUCUUCAGAAGAAUGCUCUGUUAUAUAUAAUAAAUCUAUCACACAACAAGAUCAGUACCAUCUCUGGCACUUCGGUGAGUACUCAGAAGAGGUUUGCUCUGCGUGGUCUGGAAAAACUGCAAGUUCUGAGCCUUGGAGGAAAUCGUAUAUCUAACAUCAAUAAUGAAUCAUUUUGUGGCCUACAUGCACUGGUUAACCUAAGUUUGCACAAUUUAAGGGUGUUGCAGCUGCAGAAUAAUUUAAUUAAAUUCAUCCAGCAAGGGCUGUUUAUGGGCACAAAUGAACUUGAACAGUUGUACUUACAAAAUAAUCACAUUUCGACCGUAGCCUCCAACACUUUCAUGCCGUCAAGUUUGAGAAGAUUAAAUAUUGCAAACAAUCCCUUAACAUGCGAUUGCCAACUUGCCUGGUUUAGACAAUGGUUGAACGAGUUGGCCAUCGUUGGUUACCAUGAGAUCACUGAAGAUCGAAAUCCGGAGGACUAUGAAUACCAACUCAACCUCAUGUUCCAUGACGACGAUGAAUGGUGGGUAAAUGACUUCAUGAAACCUUUUCUGGAGCAGAGGAUGCCUCAUCUGGAGCGCGUCAUAUUUGGCGAUGCCGAUCUUCACCCAGGAUUGUUCUACUUGAACGCCAUCUAUGACGUCAUCGAAAACAGCCACAAGACAAUAUUGUUGCUAAGCAACCAGUCUGUAGAUGAUACCUGGUACAUGACCAAGCUCCGUAUGGCAGUGGAGCACAUGAAUGACACCAAGUUGGAGAAGGUCAUCCUGAUUUUCCUCGAAGACAUUGAUGAUGACCAUCUACCGUACCUUGUUAGGCUCUUGCUGAGUCGGAACAAGCCUUAUUUGCUGUGGACAGAGGAUGGAGAAGGCCAGGAGGUCUUCUGGGCAAAGGUCCAGAAGAACAUGAGAUCAAACCGGCAAAUGAACAAUGUUAUACCCGUUUAA